CAUAUGCAAAAAAAACAAAUAUAACGAAUAUGCGAAUUUCGCGAAUAUAUGAGGAAUAUCCGUCCAUAUUUUCACAAAAUAUCGCAAAUUCGAAUAUGGCCUAUGCCGCUCAUCACUAAUUUCCAUACAGUGCUUGUUAUAAAUAUGUGCCGGAAACAAACACCGGGGGCGCUGUUCAGCAGGUGCAAUCGCAGAUUCAAUGAUUUUGAAGUAUUAACUACAUACAACGUGUUCUAAUGUCAAGUUCUUCCUGCCAAGAUUUGAUAGUAUUUAUCUGACCGUGUCACACUGAUCUGUGAAGACGUGAACAUCAACACAUCUGAAGAUGAAAACAGUCAUAAAAGGAGGAGAAGGCUCUGUACAUGCUGGUUCAGAAACUGGAUGAAAAUAACCUGAAGCAUCUGAUCAGAGAACACAACCUACAAGAUGGGGAUAAAGGAUCCAUCUUCAACCUCGGCUAUAGAAAAAAUGGACAAUGACAGUGGGAAGAUCCAUUUGAAACAGGAGCUCGGCCUGAUAAGUGCUGUGUCAAUGAUAGCCGGCACCAUGAUUGGCUCUGGGAUCUUCAUGUCUCCUCAAUGGGUCCUGUAUUACAUGGGGAGUCCUGGGGCUAGUCUCCUAAUAUGGGCAGCUUGUGGCCUCCUGGCUAUGCUAGGAGCUCUAUCCUAUGCUGAACUUGGAACUGUCAUCAAGGAAUCUGGAGGAGAAUACAUAUAUAUUUUAAGGAAUGUUGGCCCCUUACCUGCCUUCCUUCUGGUCUACAGCUCGGUCAUUGUGGUGAGGCCGGCUAGCAUAGCUGUGGUCUCCCUAAGUUUUGCAGAAUACGUCGUGGCUGCUUUCUUCUCAGACUGUUCUUCUCCACAAGUCGUCCUCAAGUGCACAGCAGUGACCUGUGUCCUGGUCCUGGGAAUUAUCAAUUGCCUAAAUGUCAGACUUGCCAUGUCCAUCAUGAACUUCUUCACAGCGGCUAAGCUGAUAGUCCUGGUUGUAAUAAUUGUGGGUGGUGUAGUCCUUUUAGUCAAAGGAAACACUCAGGUUUUACAGAACGCCUUUGAAAACACAGCCGUGGGUUUUGGUCCUGUUGGGGUGGCUUUUUAUCAAGGACUCUGGUCCUACGAUGGAUGGAAUAAUCUGAAUUAUAUGACAGAGGAACUGAAGAACCCUGAGGUGAACCUUCCUCGAGCUGUGAUGAUUGCAAUCCCUCUUGUCACGUGUAUUUACCUUCUGGCUAAUAUCAGCUAUUUUGCAGCGAUGACUCCACAGGAACUACUUACAUCAGAUGCUGUCGCCAUCAGUUGGGGAUUGAAGGUGCUGGGGACGUGGACAUGGAUUAUCAGUUUGGGUGUUGCACUUUCUACUUUUGGCUCUGCGAAUGGAACUCUCUUCAGUGGAGGACGAGUGUGCUAUAAGGCUGCCAUGGAAGGACAUCUGCCAGACGCUCUCUCCAUGAUCCACGUGAAGCGCUUAACACCAUCUCCUGCCCUCAUUUUCACAUGUAUCAUGUCAAUAAUAAUGAUCAUUCCGGGAGACUUCAGUAGUAUUGUCAAUUUCUUCAGUUUCACAGCCUGGCUGUUCUACGGAACUACAAUUGCUGGCCUCAUAUAUAUGAAGAUUAAGAAACCUGAUAUUCCGAGACCAUAUAAGGUUCCCAUCAUCAUUCCAGUGAUAGUGCUCAUUGCCUCCGUCUACCUGGUGUUGGCCCCGGUUAUUGACAGCCCUCAGAUGGCCUAUCUCUACGUUGUCCUCUUCAUCCUUAGUGGAGUAAUAAUUUACAUUCCGGUUAUCCAUUAUAAAUGGUCUCCAGGGUGGUUCCAUUCUAUCACGCUCCAUCUUCAGCUCCUGCUUCAAGUUGCACCAACUGAUAAAAAUGACUGAGAUGAGGUUUCUUUUUUUAUGAAUAUUGGGACAGUAUAUAUUUUAUUCUUCCAGUGAUUCUGGAUAUAGUGUUUUUUAUUGUUUUAGUUAUUCGUUAUGGAUAGUGGAGUCAUAGAGUCAUGUAGGGGUCAUGGUUUCCCAGACUCUUUUUUUUUUUUUUGGUUUACAAAAAGUUAUUUGGUUUACAAAAAAACAUUUACAAAUACCAUAUGAAUUUUUAGUGGGGUGCUUUAAAAAUAACACGCAAACCGUGCUCACCUGCCUUGAUCCCCUCAGUAACCUUUUCCAUUGUUCCCGGUCCCUGCUGCUUCCUUUGACUGAAUUUACAUUCCCUGAAGGGUUAGCAUGUCAAUUACUUGGACUGAUCACUUCUUGCGAGGCUGGCAUGUUGCAGAAAGCAGCAGGGACCAGGUGCUGUCGGAACAGCAUCUUUAAAUCCAAAGAAUAGGGGAUAAGAUGUCUGAUCGCAGGGGUUCCGCCGCUGGGGACCCCUGGGAUCUCAGCUGCAGCACCCCGCUGUCAAUAUUGCACAAAGCAAACUCGCUCCGUGCGUAAUGACUGGCGAUACAGAGGCCGGAGCAUCGUGAUGUCAUGGCUCCACCCCUCCUGACAUCACAGCCCGCCCCUCAAUAGAAAUCUAUGGGAGGGGACGUGACAGCACUGCAAUGCUCAGAAUAGAAGGAGUGCCAUUGGGUUUUUGGACUGAAAAGUUUGUUGGAAUUGAAGUCGGGGGCCAUGUGCGUUUACAAAGCCCCCAUUGUGCAAGAACGUCAGUAACCCCCCACAUGUGACACCAUAUUAGAAACUACACCCCUCAAGGAAUGUAACAAGGGUUAUAGUGAGUACUUACACCUGACAUGUUUUUUGAACAGUGGGGCGUAAAAGUGAAAGAAUUGAUUUUUAACACUGAAAUGCUGGUAUUGGAGCUUUUUUCUCUUACUACAUGUGAAACUAAAAAUGUU